AUGAAAUUUAAAUAUGUCUGUAUAGAGUUAUCCGGUUAUGGUGAUAUCGAAACAGAGGUCAGACAACAACCAACAAAAGCAAUGAGAGUGGCUGGAUAUCUGAACGACAACAUAUGGAAAAAUAAAUACAUAGGUGUCAAGGUCAAGUCAAGAAUAUACAAGGCUGUCGUCAGACCCAUAAUGACCUACACAGCAGAAACCAGAUCGGCUACAGCAAAAACAAGAAAAUCCUUGGAAACAGGCGAGAUGAAAAUCCUCCGCAAAAUCGCAGGUAAAACGCUGCUAGAUAGAGAACGAAGCGACAAUAUAAAGCAAACAUGCAAGGUGGGUAGCAUUAAUGAAUGGGUAUUGAGCAGAAGACGCGAAUGGAAUGAACAUAUAGGCCGAAUGGACGAGGGAAGAAUAGUAAGGUCAGCUCGAGACAAAUCACCACUGGGAAGAAGAAGCACGGGAAGGCCAAGAAAAAGAUGGUGUGAUAUCCUUACCAUCGAUUCAAACUGUAGGCAUGAUGUGAAGAAUGAACAGGCAAUCUGCCUAAUAUAG